AUCCACCCGUUUUCUUGAUGCCCCGUUGGUUGCUGCAGUUUCCACACUAUUACGCUACCGGUAUCCAUCUCACCCCCCCAAAGUCAUCCCGGCAGACCAGUAAUUGACUGGUUGGCGGUCGUGUGCUCAUCGCUGGGCAGGUCAGCAGCUGGCCGUUGCCCUAACCCUUAGCUGAACGUGCGUGAGGUAGACAAAAAAGAAAUUUCUUACCUAAAAAGAAAAGCCAGAAGGUAUGGGGAGGAGAAAAGAUGGACAGAAAAAUGAAGCCCCCACCAAAGAGCUCCAACCUGCGUGGAGUCAUCCUCAAUCCUCCCUUCCCUCCCUCCUCCACCCCCUUCUCUUUAUAAAAGGCCACCUUUCCUCUCACCUCUCCUCUCCAAUUCCGCCAAAGGCAUCUAAUUUCACCCCGCUACACCUCCGCUUGAGCAAACAAACAAACUCACGCACACACACACACAUAGAACCGAUUCCACUCCUUCCAUCGUCAUCGUACCGCCUCCCCUCCCUUAAGCCCAGCUGGACAUGCCUCCAACAGAGAGCGUGAACGGCUCAUCGAGUGGCAAUGGUAUAUAAAUCUCCCCAUAAUCCCGUACACCUUUUUCCCGCUCGAGUCAAACACCGAGAGAAUCCGCCCAUUGUUUCCAAUCCAAUUGCGUUGUCCCAGCCGCUAACAGUGCGUGACGGGAUAGGUAAGAAAAACUUUCAGCCUGUGUCGGGCCGACAUGGUCCCCACCUAAACUCUCGAAAUCCCUACCAGCCUGUCCCGGAUUUCCUCAGCAACGUCAACUCUUUCAAAAUCAUUGAGAGCACGCUCCGAGAGGGCGAGCAAUUUGCCAAUGCCUUCUUUGAUACCGCUAAGAAGAUUGAGAUUGCCAAAGCUUUGGACGACUUCGGCGUUGACUAUGUAUGACACACUACCCCACCUCCGUCACCCCCAUCACCGAGAUCUGUCCCCUUGUGCUGCAACUCAUUUCCGCACCCAAUUACGGUGAAUGGUAACCCGGACCGCUAUUUGUGCGGCAAUGGAUUCCCGUGGAGCACCAAGGCUGGUGAUCGGGUUCGAUCUUCUGUUCCCGGACUAACUAAUGAUAUCUAUAAACGCAGAUCGAAUUGACGAGCCCUGCCGCUUCGGAGCAGUCCAGACUUGACUGCGAGGCUAUAUGCAAGCUCGGGCUGAAGGCCAAGGUUUGUCUAGUGUUGCAAAGUUUGCAUUGGAAAAUUGCUUAUUUAUUCGAAAAUACAGAUCUUGACACACAUCCGCUGUCAUAUGGAUGACGCCCGGAUUGCCGUUCAAACAGGUGUUGAUGGAGUGUAGACCUCCCCGGCCUUUUCAAUAUCCCUCGUGUUUUCUAAAUACCUCUUGUGAUGCAGAGACGUCGUCAUCGGGACCUCUUCCUUCCUCCGUGAGCACUCUCACGGAAAGGAUAUGGAUUACAUUCAUAAGACUGCCAUCGAGGUCAUCGAGUUUGUCAAAUCACACGAGAUCGAGAUUCGUUUCUCCAGUGAAGACUCGUUUCGCUCCGAGCUUGUCGACCUUUUGAGCAUCUACCGUACUGUCGACCAGAUCGGCGUUAAUCGUGUGGUAAGCUUCAUAUGUGAAGAUGCGCCCCUUCCCCCGAAGAGCGACGUCUCAUAAUGCAUCAUUAGGGUAUUGCCGAUACCGUUGGCUGCGCUUCGCCCAGGCAGGUCUACGAUCUCGUUCGCACGCUCAGAGGCGUUGUCUCUUGUGAUAUCGAGACUCAUUUCCACAAUGACACCGGCUGCGCUGUCGCCAAUGCCUAUUGUGCGCUCGAAGCUGGCGCCACCCACAUCGACACCAGUGUUCUGGGUAUUGGCGAGAGAAACGGAAUCACUCCCUUAGGAGGCCUUAUGGCCAGGAUGAUCGUUGCCGAUCGUGAGUACGUGACCAGCAAAUAUAAGCUUCAUAAGGUAAUUCAUUUUGUAAUAUCCGUGCCUCGGACAUUUAUCUAACGCAAAUAGCUCCGUGACCUUGAAAAUCUUGUUGCGGAGGCUGUCGAGGUGAACAUUCCGUUCAACAACUAUAUCACCGGUUUCUGCGCCUUCACCCACAAGGCCGGAAUCCAUGCCAAAGCAAUCUUAGCGAACCCAAGCACCUAUGAGAUCAUCAAUCCGGCCGAUUUCGGAAUCACUCGAUAUGUCCAUUUCGCAUCGAGGCUGACCGGAUGGAAUGCGAUCAAGAGUCGCGUGGAACAGUUAGAUUUGGACAUGACGGACGCUCAGUGCAAGGAGUGCACCGCUAAGAUUAAGCUGCUGGCUGAUGUUCGUCCAUUGAAUGUUGACGACGUGUAUGGAUUCCCCCUCCCUUUCCUUUUACUUUCCCAUUGUGCUCAUGUUUCGAUCGCAAAAUAUAGUGAUAGCAUCAUCCGUCAAUAUCACUUCAAUAUCAAGACUGGUAAUGACCAGCCUCUCCUCAAGGGCAUCGAGCAUCCGGCUCCAGGAAUUCAAGAAGCAGCAGACGCCGGUGAGCCCGCCGCGAAGAAAUUGAGGAGGACCGAGCCGGACCAGGACGCGGCCAAGUGCUGCUAGGCUUCCUUUCGCCGGGGUCAAAUAAAAUUGACCUUGUUUGGAGUUCUUUCUUUAUUGUGAUCAUAGUGUGGUAAAUGGCCCUAUUGUGUAACAUUUCUCUAAAACUGCCUAGAACAGUGCAAGCUGGACUGGUUAUAUGCUGAUUCUCUUUAUCCUUUCCCUCUCUUAUUUUCUAUUUCUUUACCGGUCGGGGUACUGAGGGAUAGGGAUGUCGUGGCUGAAAAGUGUUUAUCUCAUAAGUUGCUCGCGCCACUAUGAUGCGUCAGAUUUCUCCAUCAUUCCAGUGUCGGUGUUUGUGACUUGGUCUUGCUGGCUGUUCGCGAGUGAGUUUCAGUGAAUUAAAGGCCGGCCAACCCCGUUAAUCUACAGUACCGGUAUGCGUGCCACGGGUUACCGAUACCGGUAUUAGUUCAGCAUAUCCUGACGUCGUGCGGGUGGGGCCACAGUGGGCGCUCUUCGACAUGUGAUACACGAUUCUAUUAUAGGAACACCAUAGCCGAAGCCUCGGCUAUGAUACCAUGAUUAUCACAAACUACGGUAGCCGCCUCGUGCCACACGGGGAGGGAAAGAAAAACCACUUGAUACACCAACUUAACCGGCUAGCCAAUCAAUCACCCUUAGCACCACCACCCCUCCCCGGCCCCUCUAAAUCAUCCGCCAAAACCUCCAAAUGCGGCAUCACACCCGCCCUCGCGACACCCCUCAAGCCAGCGCGCACAAAUUCAAGUAGGGUGUUAAACCUCUCACUCAUGCGCCCUAUCUGUCGCGCGUACGCCUCGUUCUCGAAGGAUAUGUAUGAGUUCAUGCCCUCGAAAUUCUCCUCCUCCUCGUAAUCUUCCGAGUCGGAGUUUGAGCCAGAGAGGUAGUUGUCGCUACGGGGUUCUCCUGUUCGUUUUUGGCGGCGGCGGUGACGACGACGGGGGGUGUGGGAUGAGAUGAAGACAGAGAUGUCAUGAAUUGAGGCGUUGGGGGCGUCAAGGGUUUUUAGCGCGGUGCUGUGUGCGAGGUGGGCGUCUGAGAAGAGGAUUGAGAUGUCGAGUAUCGAGGUUAUUGCUUGGUGGAUUGGCGCUAGCUGUUUUACUGUUAGGUCUGCUGAGUGAGGGCGGCGGGGGGAUGGGAAAAUGGCUGGUACCUUUGCUCCUAGCAGACACUGAUCUUUGAUCUUUUGGAUAUAGGUAUCAUGUGCCUGUAUCAUGCCAUCUACGUGCACAGCCCUUGCCAUUUCUUGCCUCAUGUGGGUUGUUUGUGGGGUCAGGACCUGCCGUCGGCAUUAGCUGAGAAAUCCCUCCGGGAGAACAGUGGUUAGGAACCAAAUUGGUAAGAUAGUAGUAAACUAUGUUCGCAAACCACAAGAGUCUGUGCCUCAAAGAGUAAUAUAUAGCGCCCUCCCCACUCUCGCCUAGAAAUCUAAAAUCCUCCUUUAAUAAUGUGAGCCGUUCGAGCAUGUACUUUGCCCGUCGGAUCUGCAAUAAGAAUGUGAAUAUGUUGUUGUACAUUUCAAACGAUUCCUUACGAAUGACAUUCAUAAUCGGCCACGGUAGCUGCCUGGUCAGGAGUGGAUCGCAGAAGGAGCAAGGACAGGAAAGCGUACAACGUAAUUCAAUUCAAGACCCUUCCACAUCUUGACAGUCCUUCUCCUUUCUCUAAGAGAUUUCAUACCUUCCAUUUUAGCCCUCAUCCUCACCCUAUCGACCUCCACGCAUGCGACACCACCGUAUACCCCUUGGAGUAGCUCCGUGAGCAGAAACCGAUCCCCCCAUGUCUGCACGCCUUUAUCAACCUUCUCAAACAUCGCCUGUGAGAACGCGUCAGAAAGGUGGCCAUUUUUACAAAGAUAUAUGCACUCAAUUGCAUCUAAGCUCUUCCAUAGGCCACAAUCCUGGUAUAAUAUAUCUCUCAGGCGGGAGGAGACUGAAUGGUGACGGUCGUUUAUCCACUUGUCAAAUGCUGCGGCGAACAUGUCCGAGAAGGGGGCGAGAUACUCGCCGUUCUUGUAGACCGUUGAGAGGUCGAUGUCUACUGCACCGACUGGCUGCGGCUGAAGUGGGAUAGCGGAACUUGGUAUAUCGUGUUCAAGGAGCCGUUUUAGAAAAACAACACUCUUGCCGGUGAUAAAUAUCCUCGCUGCAGCCGCGUGGACGAAUACAGGUGCCUUUAGGGCUCCGGAUGCGUCCUUUCUUAGGGAAUACUGGUCGCUCCACAGACCACCCAGUUCGACUUCCUCGUCACUGCGGGUUUUAGAUAUAAGAAACACUUUGUCAUCUUUGCGAAGUUCGCCGGACUCCAUCCAUUGGUGAAUAGGGCGCAAAUAUGUUCGCAGACAGCUGAAAAAUAUGUCCGUUAUAAACUUGAAGGAUAUUUGGUCGCCUAUGGACUGCAGUCUACAUGCUAGCCGGAAGAGGCAUUCUAGGUGUUGUAAUGCUAGAUCGGCUGGGGGCUUUCCUGUCUUGGGAAGUUCGACUAUGACAUCCGAGAGGAGAUCAUAGGGAGCGAGGAAGGGUUCUAGUUCGCCCUGGAGCGCUAGCACCGAAACUAUCUGAUCCAAGCCUUUAUUGCCCACUAACAGAAGCUCUUCUAGUUUGAUCAGGUGCUGAUCAAGGAUGGCGAGCUUAUCCCAAACAGAUGCGACGAAAGUUUGGUGUUCGGGAAAGUCCGUGGUAGAGUUUUUAGAUCGCGCGAAGGUGCGGAUAACAUUGAUAUUUGUUCCCUUAUCUGCAUACCAGCUAAGGAUAGCUCUGAAUGCAGGCAGUGAUGCAUGACUCAGCGCAAAGCGCUUCAUCGCAUCGGCUGUAUCUACUAGGAGAGUUGCGUCGUUGGGCUUUUUGUGGAAGAGCAGGCAAGGAUAACCUAACAGCAUGAAAAUAACCUCCCGCAUGGCCUGGAGCUCCGAUAUGAGUGAGAUAUUGUUGACUGCGCCAAAUUUAUUACGUCAGUGAACUGAUUCAAAUCAACCGCAGAAUAUGCGGGGUAGAGUGAUAGUUGAUGACGCAGAGUAUAGUACCUCCGCCAGAUGCAAGAGAAACAUCUGUUUCUUGUUCAAUGGGUAGGACCUUCUCGCUCCAGUAUUGCGCUUUUUUCAAUAGCUCAAGCCCCCCUUCAUCUCCUUGGGCCAUAAACCCCUCGACUCCAGAAGCCCUAUAGUCAGUGUCACCAUCUCCGGCGCCUGGUGCGUUCCUCUUCCUAUCUUCAGCCUCGUUCCUUAGGUUCUCAACAAACUCAUCCCGCGACCUUGGCCUAGUAUAGCCAUCAUCUGACCAUUCGUCGCUGCUCUCGGCUCCAAAAUCCACAUCCUCCCAUAUCUCUCCCUCCAUCGGGUCGUCGGAAAUAAUAUCCUCCCAUGUGAGUUCCUUAGGAACAUCGGGUCUCGCGAGAAGCUCUAAAUCGGAGAUGUCUGAGUUUUGGAGAGGCCUAUCGGACAAAGAUAGAAAAAGUGAAAGGAUUUCGGGGGUGAAGCCAGAGGUCAAUGAGGGCAGCUCAUUGAGCCUAGAGCGAAAAGCGUCGGCCAGAUCAUCCCGGUUGAAGACACGAAAUUUCUCUUCAAGGCUAUGGAUUGUUUAUUAGAAUAAAUCGAUCAACGAAACGAACUUAUUACCCAUCAAGCUUCGACCUUACAUCAAACUGGUUUGUCCGACCGAACUUAUAUCCUCGGAAAUUUCGGAGAGCGAAAUCCUGUUUCGCAAUUAUUCCGGAGUCCCGACGAAAAUAGAAACACCGUGGGGCCUUACCCGGCAGAGGUUAAAAUUCUCUGGGUCCUCCUGUCCGCAUAUUCUGUUAGAACCCAUGAUAGAAGCGCCGAGAGAGAUAAUUUGGGGCACAAACCUGUGCGGUUAGCCCUGUGAUUGACUGAAUGAGCUCAUCGAUCAGGCUUUUGACUCUCGCUGGGGUGGCAGACAUUUAAACCAAGAAGAAUAAAAGUAGCACAAGAUGUAUGCACGAUAGGACAAUGCUUAGAGAAAGAAAUAAGAGGAGAGAAGGGACCCCACUGGAGGGGGUUGGUUCAGGCUC